CAUUCAGGACAGCAACGUAAAGUGAGGGAGUGAAAAAAGAAAAGUAAUAAAGGAAAGAGAAAGAAAGCAAAUAGAGGACAGACACUGCUGACAGAUGUCUUUCCACAGAAAGAAAGUGUGUUCCUACGCCGAAUAAGCAUCCAAACAACAGCUGCGGGUUGUGAAGAGGCAGCCACCUGAUGCAGCGUCCUCCCACCACUGCUACAGCAUCUGGCAGAGAAGUCAAAGAGGCGGAGAAGACUCGAUCUGAGGCAGCAGAGACGAUCCACUGACCUGACAGCCGACAGGACCUCAGCGACAACGGACACACAGCUCAUCUGCGACGCAACCCCAGCCAGUGAGCUCAGAGUUCGGGGAUCGACAGUGAAGACUGCGAGAUCGAUCGGUAGAUCAGGAUCGACCUGUUGGCGACGACGGCUCUUAUUUGAUGCAGGAGGAGGUGUAACCACAAAUGGAGCAGCAAAAUCUGAUCAACAGCACGGAGAGCAACUGCUCGUCCAUAGAUGACUUCCGCAACCAGGUUUACUCCAUAUCCUACAGCAUCAUCACUUUGCUGAGCCUCACUGGGAACGGCUUAGCCCUGGUGGUGCUGAUCAAGACGAACCGCCAGAAUUCCCCCUUCCACGUCUACAUGAUUAACCUGGUUGUGGCUGAUCUGCUGUGUGUGAUGACGCUGCCACUGCGAAUUGUCUACUAUGUCAGAGGGGGCAUCUGGAGCAUGGGGAAUUUCCUCUGUACCUUCAGCUCCUAUGCUCUCUAUGUAAACCUCUACUGCAGCAUCUACUUCAUGGUCGCCAUGUCGAUCACGCGUUUCCUGGCCAUUGUCUAUCCUGUGAAGAACCUGCAGCUGAUGACAGUGAGCCGUGCUCGCCUGGUGUGUGCUGGCAUCUGGGUGUUUAUCUGUCUUUUAUCGUCUCCCUUCCUCAUGAGGGGUCAAUAUAUAGACACUACCACAAAUACAACCAAGUGCUUCGAUGCUCCGAACGGUGAAGUCGGUGAUAAACUCAAAGUGCUGAGCUAUUUGUCUCUGGUGAUAGGCUUUGUCCUGCCAUCACUGGUGAUACUGCUUUGCUAUGCCGGCAUUAUCCACACCCUAGUGUCUCGCUCCCGACUGUCUCGCACCCUUUCUGCUCAACAACAGCAGCGGGCCAUGGGCACAAAAGCCAUUCGAAUGAUUGUCAUCGUCUUGUUGACAUUCACGAUCAGCUAUAUGCCUUACCACGUGCUGCGAACCAUCUUCCUGUCCCGGGUUCACGACAGCUGCCAGGAGAGGAUCAAAAUGCAGAAGUCUGUCGUGGUGACACUCUGCCUGGCGGCUGCCAACACAUGCUUCGACCCACUGCUGUAUUAUUUCUCUGGAGAGGGUUGUCGCAGCCACUUUUUCUCCUGUGCUACUCAGUCGCAGACCCAGAAUCUGAGAGAAACCACCCAAAGGUCAGUUAACUCCCAACAGCCAGGAAGUCGUCAGGCAUCAAUGUCAGGAUAUGUUAAAGGAAAGAGUUCAGGAUGACCUGUUGCCUCAUCAGUCAUCAGGGAAAGAGUCAAGAAGAACAGAUGUAAGAUAAAGUAUGACAGAAAGAGAUUUAACAGAUUUUACUUUGUCGGCUCAUGAACAGAGUAUUUAUAUAUUUUAGUUACAAGUCUCAAGAGACUGAGAAUGAUAUUCUAAAGAGGAGAGAUUGUUAGAUAAUUAUAAUUAUUAUUAUUAUAAGGACACUUGCCAGUAUUCUUAUGUCACUAUCGUAUAAUGACAAUUGAAAUUGUAUCUACCACAGCUGUAUUUUUUAUCAUCAGUGUUUGUUAUUGUGUUAUUGUCACUGUUUUUCGCUGCCUUAACCAUUUAUUUAACCAUCCAUCCAUACCACUUAUCCUUUGAGGGUUGCAGGGAGGGGUGUGCACACUGGACAGGUCAAUUUAGAGACUCCACUUAUCUUUACGCCACCUGUAUUACUUUUGACUGUGGGAGGAAGCUGGAGGACCUGGUAAAAUCCCACAUAAACAUGGAGUGAACAUGCAAACUCCACUCAGAAGUGGUUUUUGACCCAUGGCCCUGCUUGCUUCAUUGCAUCAGGCUUAAUAUAAUUCCUCAUGGUUGUUAUGUUUACUUUUAACUAAACGGUAUCGUUUUGUUUUGUGCUGCUGAUUUUUCUUCACUCUGUAUUAUUAAUAUUAUAUAACAAACCUUUUAUGUAAAGUAAUAAGCUGGGGAAAAGUGUUGGGUGCAUGUACUCUAGAGGAGUAGUUCAGAAUAAAAUGGUUAAUAGGCUUUCUUCGCCAGAUUUAGAUGUAUUAUUGAUACAUAUCACUCAGUAAUAUGAAUACGAAGCGGCAGCCACUGGCUGUUAAGCUUAGCACAAUGAUUUUAAAGAAGCUAAAGCUCAUUAAUUAGCAUGUUGUUUAUCUCGACCUAUUAUGAAGUCAGGCAAACUGUUUCCAUGUAUUGUUCCAUGUUAAGCUAAUGGACUGCUGACAGAAGCUUCAUACUCAUGUGAGUGGUAACGAUCUUCUCAUCUGACUAUAUGUAAAAAAGUUAUUUAACUGCUGUGGUCCCCUGAACUGUUAUUUAUAAUAACUGCCUUAAUAUGUAAUGAAAUAUAUUUUAGUUCCUUAUAUUAUGUCUGUAUAUUAAAAGCUGCAACUUCAUUCAACAUUUCUUUAUGUAUGCUGACAAUAAUGUUUUAUAGAGCAAAACAACAACAACAUUUAAAUAUCUUCGCUCCUUUUUCCAGAAUCUGGGAAACACAAAUGAAAAUGGUCUUGGGAGUCAUUUCUUUUUGAGCAAGGAUAAAAGUACCAGACAGUAUUCCUUUGAGAGAUGGGAUCAAAAUAAAACUAGCAAAAUCUGAAAAGUAGAAUAGUUAAAGUUGAAGGGGCUUCAUGUAAAUUGUCUUUGCUGCAUGUUUUCUUAUCAGACGAAUAUAUGGCUUAAAAUCCCUCAUCAAGAUCAAUAAAGUCCGUAGGCAGAAAGGCUUCUUGUCUUGAUUUUGAUAAUGCUGCCAUCUCCUGGUACAUUGGAUAGUCACAACACCAUUCAAAUACAUUGACAAAGGUCCAUCCCCAAACAUAUCUCAAAAAGCAAGUUCAUGGAAAUAACAUUCCUUGUCUUGUAUUCAAUUGCCACCCUCUAUUUAUUUGCCUUAUCUACUGUAUGUUGAUUAUCAUGUUGUUAACUUUUCAUCUUGUGGUGUAUGAAGUGAUGAGGACAAAAAUGGAAAUAAACUUUUGGGCAUCA